AGCAGCAGAACCCAAUGCAGCCUGUAGCCCAUUCAAAGGCCUACUGUUGGACCUCUGCUUAUUUUGCAAUACGUCUUUAGUACGGACUGAAAAAUGUCCGAUUUCGAUGAGUUUGAGAAGCAGUUAAGCGAAAAUCGGCAAGAGCGGGAGAAGGAGCGACACAAGAAGCGUAGCCGCAGCCGGUCUCUGAGCCGUGGCGAGAAGCACCGCCGCUGGAGCAAGGACUCCAGGGGGCGGAGUCACGAGAAGCGCAGCAGCAGCCGCGACCGCAAGGGUCGUGACCGACGGAGCAGCUCACGCGAGCACAAGAAGCACAGCUACUCUUCUCGGAGAAGCCGUAAGAAAAGGACAUACAAGUACUGGGAUGUUCCCCCUCCGGGAUUCGAGCACAUCACCCCCAUGCAGUACAAGGCAAUGCAAGCUGCAGGGCAGAUCCCCACGAUAGCUUUACUGGCAACAUCCACCACCAGCGGCGUGGCAGUGACGCCCACCCAGGUGCCGAUGGUCGGCAGCCAGAUGACCCGGCAGGCCAGGCGGCUUUAUGUCGGCAACAUCCCCUUCGGCCUGACGGAGGAGGCCAUGGCGGAUUUCUUCAAUACCCAGAUGCGAUUGGCUGGCUUAUGUCAAGGUCCCACCAAUCCCGUCCUCGCUGUUCAGAUAAACCAGGACAAGAACUUUGCCUUCCUUGAAUUUCGGUCCGUGGAUGAGACCACGCAGGCAAUGGCCUUCGACGGCAUCAUUUUCCAGGGUCAGUCGUUAAAAAUCAGGCGGCCCCACGACUAUCGCCCCCCUGCCUGGCAUCUCAGAGCAGCCCGCCUUCCACGUACCAGGGGUCGUCUCCACCGUGGUUCCAGACUCGCCACACAAGCUCUUUGUCGGAGGCCUGCCCAACUAUCUCAGUGACGAUCAGGUGAAGGAACUCUUGACGUCGUUCGGACCUCUUAAGGCCUUCAACCUUGUGAAGGACAGUGCCACGUCACUGUCUAAGGGUUACGCUUUCUGUGAAUACGUGGACAUCAGUGCCACUGACCAG